AUGGUUGUAGUUCAUGUACGAGCUGGGACUGAGCCCUCAGCCAUACAACAGGAGAGUGGUCUCAUGUCAGCCAACGUUGGGGACACAGUGACUUUGCAGUGCUUCUAUGAAGGCGACAUGGCCAUGCAUUUCUCCUGGUACAAGCAACCCUUGGGAGAAAAACCUCAGGUCAUCUCAACAGUCUAUAAGUAUGACAAGGCUCCUACAUAUUACCAUGAGUUCAAGGGUAACCCUCGAUUUUCAGUGCAAAGCAGCCAAGGAAUAAAUCACCUCAGCAUCUCAGACAUGAAAAGCUCGGAUUCAGCCACGUACUACUGUGGGAGCGCACACUCAAAUGUGAUAGAAUUUGGAAAAGGAACCAUCCUCAAUAUAAAAGGCUGCAACAGCAAGACAGUUGUAGAGCAGUCUGUGUCUGAGUCAGUCCAGCCAGGAGACUCUGUGACUCUGAACUGUACAAUACACACUGAGACCUGUGCAGGAGAACACAUUGUCCAUUGGUUCAGACAUGGCUCAGGAGAAUCCCAUCCAGGACUCAUUUACUCCCAUGGAGACAGGAGUGAUCAGCAUGAGAAGAGCCCUGAGGCUGGGUCUCCUACACAGAGCUGUGUCUACAACCUCCACAAGAGGAACCUCAGCCUCUCUGAUGCUGGGACUUACUACUGUGCUGUGGCCUCUUGUGGGGAGAUACUAUUUGGGAAAGGGACCAAGCUGGACAUUCAAGGUGGUGAUGUUCAAGUGGUGACUGAAGUGGAUAUGAGGAUCCUUGUCCUCUUCUCCAUCAUAAGAACUGGAUUUCUCCUCUGCUGUCUGAUAAUCUUCUUCAUCAUCAACCUCAUCAGGAAAUAG